AUGAAAUCUGUUAAGAUAUUUCUUCUGUCCAUUGUGAGCUUGGUUUGUAUCUGUGCUGUAAGCUGUUCUGAUGUGAAGCUUGUGAAUAAUGGUUAUGAAAAUGUCGUCAUCGCUAUUAACCCUGGAAUACCAGAGGAUCCAAUGCUCAUUACAAAAAUUCAGGAAAUGGUGAGGUCAGCUUCAAACUUCUUGUACAAAGCCACCAAACAUCGAGCUUAUUUCCGAGAUGUGAAAAUCCUAUUGCCCAUCACCUGGAGUUCACAGCCCCACUAUCAGAGACCAAGCACCCAGUCUUAUGAAAAGGCUAAUGUGAUCAUUGCUAACCCACAUACUCAGUAUGGAGAUGACCCAUACACUCUGCAGUAUGGCCAAUGUGGUGACAAGGGCCGGUACAUUCACUUUACCCAAAACUUCAUGUUAGAUGACGCCCUGAUCCAAGUUUAUGGUGACAGAGGUAGCGUAUUAGUCCAUGAAUGGGCUCACCUUCGGUGGGGAGUGUUUGAUGAAUACAAUGACCUGGUACCCUUUUAUGCUGAUGGCGAUACAUAUGAGGCAACCAGGUGCUCCAAGGAAAUGAAAGGAUUAAAAGCCUCUUGUACUGGGGGUACCUGUGGUGCCUGUGAUCCCAGCACAGGGCUCCCAGAGGCUGACUGUAACUUCUUUCCAGACCAGAACCAAGUGACAUCAUCUUCAAUAAUGUACACAACAGGAUUACCAGGGGUGGUUGACUUCUGUGACAAUAAGACACACAACCGUGAAGCUCCGAACAUGCAAAACAAAAUGUGCAAUGAGAGGAGCACUUGGGAUGUGAUCAGCAAAUUGGACGAUUUCAAGAACAAUCAUCCAACUAAUAUCGCUUCACUCGAGCCAAAGUUUACUUUCCUGCAUGCCAAAGACCGAGUGUUAUGUUUAGUUCUUGAUACUUCGGGAAGCAUGAGUGUGGAAAAUCGAAUUCAAAGGCUUCAGCAAGCGGCUGGGAUAUUUUUACUCCAGAUCAUUGAAGAUCAAUCACAUGUUGGCAUAGUUGGUUUUGACAGUUAUGCCACCGUGAUUCAUGAAUUGACAUUAAUUGAGAGUGAGGACGCACGAAAAAAGCUGAAAAGUCUUCUACCCAAAAUAGCUAGUGGUGGAACAAACAUUUGUGCAGGGGUUCAAGCUGGUUUUCAGGUACUUCGUGGUGAUGACGGUGCUACAAAUGGUGAUGAAAUCGUUUUGCUGACUGAUGGGGAGGACGGUGGGAUAAGCAGUUGUUUCUCGGAGGUGAAACAAAGUGGUGCAGUUAUCCACACGAUAGCAUUAGGACCAAAUGCAGACGCAGGGCUGGAACAGUUGUCAUCAAUGACAGGAGGCCUGCAGUAUGCAGCUACUGAUAAAUUGGAUGAAAAUGGAUUAGUUGAUGCUUUCACUGGAUUAGUAUCAGGAAAUGGGAACAUGAGUCAACAGUCAAUCCAGCUGGAAAGUUCUGGAAAGAGCAUUGCAAGUAAUGACUGGUUUAAUGGUACAGUUUUCAUCGAUAAAUCUGUUGGGAAAAACACGUUCUUUGUAAUAACAUGGGAGAUUGACACACCACAAAUGUUUAUCCAUAAUCCCAAUGGAAAGCUUUACAGAAAUGGAAACUUUGAGAUGGACACAGUCCUGUUGACAGCUCGCCUUCCAAUUCUUGGCCUGGCACACUCAGGAGCCUGGAUGUACAGCAUACAAAAUGGAGCUGGAACGACUCAGAUUGUAACGAUAACAGUAACAUCACGGGCAGCAGAUGAGAACAUUCCGCCUGUCACAGUCAACGCGCACCUCAAUCAAGACACAACAUCUUUUCCAAACCCACUGAUCAUUUUUGCAGAGGUCAGCCAAGGGUUCCUGCCUGUUGUUGGAGCCAAAGUGACAGCCACAGUAGAGAGGGCUGGAGGUCAGCCUGUGAAUCUUGAGCUGUUGGACAAUGGGCGAGGUGCUGAUGCUGUUAGAAAUGAUGGAGUUUAUUCUCGGUACUUUACUGAAUUUCUUGGUAAUGGGAGAUACACCAUUAAAGUAUCUGUACAAGGAAAAGAUGGAAUAGUGAGGUUAACAACCAGGAAGCAAAGCCAUGCCAUGUACAUCCCAGGAUAUGUACAAAAUGGUCAAAUUCACCACAACCCACCAAAGCCUCCAGUGGACCGUAACGAUUCUCAGAUACAAUUGGGAAGCUUUAAUAGAGUGAAAACAGCGGGAGCAUGUAUUGUUAGUCAGGUUCCUCCUGGCACUCCCUUUGACGUGUUUCCCCCAAGUAAAAUUAAGGAUCUUCAGGCAGCAAUUGUUGGAGAUGCAAUACAACUGAAAUGGACAGCUCCAGGCGAUGACUUAGAUCAAGGAACUGCUUCCUUUUAUGAAAUAAAGCUCAGCAAAAGCUUUGCACAGCUGAGGGAUGACUUUCCAAAUGCUCAAAGUGUAAACACCACAGACCUGAAGCCAAAGGUGGCGAGCUCAGAGGAAUCGUUCACAGUAUCUGAGAACAUGGAGUUGAAAAAUGGGACAGUAAUCUACUUUGCAAUUCAGGCAUUUGAUGGAAACCAUUCUUCGGCCUUAUCGAAUAUAGCACAAGCUGCUUUAAUUUUGGCGAGUCCACCUCCCACAUCACAGCCAGUCCAAACCAUCGAACCAACUCAACCUCAUAAUACUGUAGUCAUUAACAUUUCAGAAAUUCUUGUUAUUGUUGGUAUUGUUGUCAUCGUUGUCUCCUUGAUAAUUUCAAUCACUGUAUGUGUUGUGACUAAAAAACAUCAGGCUGUUCAAUUGGAUAUGAACAGUGCUCAUCUCCAGCUGAAAAUAAGCAGGAAGGGUCCAGCAGUUGAAGUUAUUGAAGCAGAGCAAAAUCAGGCUGUUCAAUUGGAUAUGAACAGUGCUCAUCUCCAGCUGAAAACAAGCAGGAAGGGUCCAGCAGUUGAAGUUAUUGAAGCAGAGCAAAGUAAGUGGUGUAACGCAGAACACUUCAGCACCUUGCUCAAUGUACUUGCCACGGCAGGCUCCAUCACCGGACUUCACUACUGGGAGGUUAAUGUGAAAGACAUUCCUUCCUGGGCUGUGGGGAUAGCCUACCUGAGAAUUCCACAUAUGAUUCCAGGAAGCAAACUGGGAUCUGAGGAAAACUCGCGGGCAUUUCUUGCUCAGAAAGAGGCCUUUAUUGUGCCCAAUAUGACACCGAGGUGA